AUGUACUUUGUCUUGAUGGAUGAGGAUUCUUCUAACGGUGUACCAUGCACCGUGUCCGUCGGCAUGGACGAUAUCGCACAAAGGGUACAAUUUGUGCCCCAAAAGACACUUCAAGACAUCGCCCGUGGCCCGCUCGUUCAGUACGCAUUGACGAAAGUGAGCCGGGUGUGGCAGUCUCUGCUCCAAACACUAUCAACUCCGUCCCUCUCGCAUCAGCAUACCUCGGCUGCUUGCACUGCGGUCAUUGCAUUUAUUGAUUCUUCGAUCAAUUCCCAAAAUGAGGAGACCAAGCGCUUGAUGCUGAUAUCCGACAAUUGGCUAGCUCUAUUUCAUGUAUUCUUGAAUCGAUACGAAGAUGCCAAGCCGAAGCCUUUGAGGCAGUUGUUGGCCUCACUAACCUCCAUUGUGGCUAAGCAUUAUCAUGGACCCAACCGCAGAUUGAUCCAGAGCAAGAUUGUCGAGGCUGUAAUUCCUAGCAUUGUGCUCGGCGAACCAAGAUCGCGAUUGAAAGGCUGCCUGGUGUGCCUGGAGCUGUUCGUUCGCAAGGGCGCCAUUCUCCCUUCCGAGCUCCUCCAGUUGGCCCGCCAGUGGCUCGCACCAAACAUGGAAAGAUGCGUCUCUGUUUUUGGAAAGGACUCUUUUGCCCUAUUUCUCGGCAAUCAACCGACCAGCAGUAUCACACCGGACGAGCUGUCCGACGAAAUGGCGGCAAAGGUCUUCGUCUUUGGACUCCUCACUCAGACCAACAAUAAGGAAAUGGCGCCCUCAUCAGGUGGGCUGUUGAAAGCCUUCCUACAAAGGAUGAAGACCGAACCUAUGCCCGAUGUAUCGCAGCACGAAUUGUCGACUAUUUGGGUCACUCCUGCCAGGCACUUGGUUCUUCAGAAUAUGAAUACUCUCGAAACACAGUGCAACCAGCUUUUGGAGCCUUUAUUCACCGUUGACCCUAGUGGGUUUAGGAUCUUUGUCGAGACGCUCCCUUUGAAAAGCCUGCUGCAGGGUGAUAUGUCAGAAGCUCCACUCGACGAGUACAUGUUGUUGUUUGCUACUCUUCGAGUUGGCAAGAAGAUCAAUCUUGUCCAUGAUGACCGUAAGAGUUGA